UUCCUGGAGCUUGCCUGUUUGGAAAAUGGCGACCGUCUGGUUGGAUAAAUUCCCACCAUACUAUUUUACAGCCCUCAAAAUUUUCACUCGCCUGCUCGCAUUUAGCGAGUGAAAAUUUGCUGGGGGAGAGGGGGCGCUGAGAGCAGAUGAGUGACACCUGUGACUCCUGUGUCCGAAGGAAGCCCUGCCCGGAGACAGCAGCUGUCAGCCUGUCCGCCACUCUACAUGUGUCUUUUUGUGCGCUGGGAGGGCUGCCGAGAGCCAGUGGCGGAGCGUAGCCUGUGAUGACCUCCUAGAAAGCCGGAGCUUCCACAGACUGUCUCCCGGCCAGACAUCCUUGCCCUGGCAUGUCUGCCUGUGUCAGCACCAUUAUCCAGUACGAUGGGAGCUCUGCUCUCCGCGGGUAAUAGGAAUGUGCAGCUACCAGACUCUACCCACCCCCCCCCCCCCCCCUCAUCAACACUCCCUCCGAGAUCCACAUCUCAUCACCGGACAGUAGAAGUACCAGGCCCGCCCGCCUGCAAACAUGGCCUGGGCUCUGAAGCUUCCCCUGGCAGAUGAGAUGAUAGAAUCCGGACUGGUACAGGACUUUGAUGCCAGCUUGUUUGGGAUAGGGCAGGAGCUGGGUGCUGGCGUCUACAGUAUGAGUGAUGUCCUCGCCCUGCCUAUUUUCAAGCAAGUGUCCAGUUUGCUUUCUGAAAAUGAAAACAAGAUUCUACCUUUUCAGUAUGUGCUGUGUACACUUACCUCCCCUGCUGUGAAGCUUCACAAAGAGACCCUCGCCUAUCUUAAUCAAGGUCAGUCUUACAAAAUCAGGAUGUUGGACAAUAGAAAACUAGGAGAAUUACCAGAAUUAACUGGCAAAUUGGUUAAAAGCAUCUUUCGGGUGGUGUUCCAUGACUGGCAUCUGCAGUACACAGAGCACCAGCAGCUGGAAGGCUGGAGGUGAAAUAGGCCUGGAGACAGAUGAGUGAUACUGAGUCUGAGUCUCCAGCUGCCUGAAUGAUAAGAGUGACUCUGCCGUCACUCCUAUCAUUCCGAGCACCAUACAGUGCAUGCUCUGAUGGCUGUUGGAGGGAGGAUUUUGCUCCUCCUCCCUCCAGCUUUGUGAUUGCCAGUAUCAGGCUCUGGCUGCUUGUUGUGUGGGUGGGAUGGGGAUGCAGCAAUCUUCUGAGAUCCUGCCCGCCCAUCUGCCUGGACUGCCCACCCGUCCACCUGCCUGCACUCCUGAAAGAGGAGUUGUGAACUUAUCAGGAGCGAGUGUAUGCUGAGGUAAGCUCAGCUAACAGAUUUUUUCGUCUCCCUGUCCAGCACCAUAGCGUUAGGGCAAUGGCACUUGAACAGGCUGAAAUUGAGGAAGGGGUUAGCAUUGCCAUGUCCACCAAUGCAGGUGGGGGUUCUGGGAGGGAGGUCAGUGGUAGUGAAAGUUAACCCCCCCCCCUACCUUGCAUUGGUCUCUAUGGCAGUGACAUUUUAACCCACCACCCCCUUCUACAUUUGUGGCUAAUGUCAGUGAAAGUUAACCCUCUCGCCCCACAUUGGGGGUCAUGGGAGGGGUUACAUUUCAAUGCCAUCAACGUAGGAGGAGAGGGGGACAUUAAAGCAGUGUUCUGCCCAAAAAAAAUUUAAAAAUUAAAAC